AUUUUCCUCGUUAAAACAAAACGAAACCAGAAGAAUAAAAAAAGAAAUUGAACGCGGAAAAAAGAAUCGCGUGCAAUCUCUUAUUCGGAUUCCAUUAUUAGGAUAGGACCGAAGAGUCUGCAGGUAUUCAAAUCGUUACGCGUGUAACGGCGACAUCGCAUUUUGCAGUGGGCGGUCUUUGCGCGUCUGUAACACAUCUCGGGCCUUUCUACCUUGAGUUUGUGUGCUGGCAAGAAGUUCUGCUCGAUCAAUUAUAAAUUUUACACUGACAGACAACAGGUGCUGUAUCGUCCGAGAACUCUGGCCUUUCGGACUUAUUUAGUCUUACCUCAUCGCGAUUCUAGAUUCUAUGAUUCGCGAUAAAUAAUUAUUUAGCCAUUAUCGCGCAACGAUCCAAGUGCUCCGUUUGUGAUAUUAUACCUGCAAGCGUGUAUUAUUUUGCUGAAAUCCUUCUAUCCUGUCGUACCGAAAUCCGGAUAAAUUAUGGUGUACUUAGGGAUCAUUCCUGUUAUCGGUGUUAUCCUGGUAUGCAAUUCUGGAUUUGCCAGGCCACGGACUCCGCAAUCUACGCGGUUUCCAAAAUCUUCUGAGAAUUCGGUCGGAGAAUUCGUUCUUUGGAGUUGUACUGCCACAGCUCAAUUGCAAAGGAACAGCAUAAACAACAACAUCGUUCAUAUCACGCCUGGAGUCGGUCUUCCAACUUUGACCGAUAUUCGUUCCGCGAUCGGCUCUCGCACCCGAUCAAAUAAUCUGCAUCUGGAUCAUAAAGACGAUGAUCGCGUGAACAACAUUCAAAUAAUUAAGUUAAACACCAUCCCUAAUCACCACGAACGCAACAAACCGAAUGCAGAUCGGUCAGCAAACCACAAGGAUACAACGAUCUCGGACUCCCCGUUGAGGACAAUAAGGGUGAACGCAUUCAGGAAGAACACACCUGUAAUUUUCAGGGCUAAGCCUCAACUACCCCAACUCGAGGAUAAGCCGUUAAAAAAGGACGAGAUCGACAUGCACAGUAGCGAAAUAAUAACCGUGAUCAAGUCUCAAUGAUGGUCAAUGGCAAUUUCGUGCGAUUGGUCGCUAAAUAUUAAGUGUUACGUUUAUUUUUCAUGAGAUAGUGAUUGAUCGCCAUAUAUACAUAUAUAUAUAAUGUAUGUGUUUGUUAAAAUGAUGUAAUUGAGCGUGAUUAUAAUUAUUGCUGAUUGUGUUGCAUCGAGGAUUAACGCCGAAUAGUUUCCUAUACAAUCGUUGAAGUAUGUGUGCGUAGAUUGCUUGUUGGCUGUAUGAGUAUCUGUAUGAAUAAAUCAUGUAAUACAUCGAAGAGUUUAUAUACUUGAAAUUAGAUGUUAGACAUCGCUAUAAUUAUGUGGGUAGAAUCGCACAAUGACAAAACAUUUUUCAGUGCUCAUACAUCGUUCUUGUAAGAUGAUGAGCAACUUUAAAAAUUCCUGAAUGCAUGUUAUAACGACUUUAAACGAUUUGAUGUAGUAAAAAUUUACAAGUUUGAAAAUACAUUUGCUUGUAGUUGAUCUGUGAAAUGACGAGGUUCUGCUUUCCACCCUUAAUUUUAUACUUACAACAGCAGCUAAGGCUGCAGGAUAAUCGCUUGCGAAAAGCGAUGAUGACAGUAAACAGAAUUUUUGAAAUAAUUGCUUUAUUGAAAACCUAAAUAUAAGACUAUCAUAUUGUUUUCGAAAAGAAAUUAGUUUGUACUAGUAGUCGAUAUUGAAUUUGGUGGUAUUCUGAUAGAUUCUGGUAGAGGCAGCAAUUCGAUCUGCAAAAAAACCAUAUAAAAAUGACGUAUUUUGAUAUUUGUAAUAGUAUUAGUUUUGAAUAUUUAGUAAGAUGUAAGAAUGAUUGACUUGUGACCUUUGUGACUUUCAUAGCAACUCCUUCAGGUAAGUUCCUCUGUAUGUAUUCAAGUAUCGUAUCGGCGGUAGAUUCAGUGAGGCGGUGAAGAUCAAUAAAUCUGUAGUAAGUUCUGAUUUCAUAUUGAACACGAU